AUGAGAGACGACUGUAUAUUGUCUAAUAGUAAUAAUAGUAAUGAAGUUGUUGAUAAUGAUGAAGAUAAAGAUAAUGAAGAUAAUAAGGAUAAUAAAAAUGAUGAGAAUAAUGAAGGUGAUAAGAAUAAUAAAGGUAAUGAGAGUAACAAAGAUGAUGAGCAUAUGAAGACAAUA